AUGGAUCUAGGCAUCAUUCGGACCAGUUCCGGCAUUGAUAACGAGGAAAAGAAUCGGGAAGAAGCGAUGAAGCGAAAAGUGACAGAAACCAUCGUGACGACGUACUGCGAGCUGUGCGAACAGAACUUCUCCAGCUCCAAAAUGCUGCUCCUCCACCGCAAUAAAGUACACAAUACGGCCUACAUCGAGUGCCACCUGUGUCUGAAACUCUUCACUCGAACGAUUCAAUUCAACCGACACAUGAAAACGCAUUACGGUCCGAAUGCGAUGAGUCAUGUGAAAUGUGAGCUGUGCGAGCGACAAUUCAAGGAUAAGGAAUCGCUGAAAACGCAUUGGGAGGUGUCGCAUGUAGAAGAUGAAGAGAUGGACACAGAAGACGUUGAGCCUAAGCCUGAAGCAAAAAUAGGAGAAAAUGGACUUAAUAAGGAUCGAGAGCUGUUCAAAGUGCUCGGAAAGCAGGAAAUGAAGAAUUUGGAGGCGUUGAAAGUCACCAGCUCGUGGGUCCAGCACGCCACCACCUUCUCAGCCACCAUUGACAGCUCCACAUCUCAAAGCCUCUCGAAAAUCGAUAUUCCCGAUUUUCUAACCGUCCCCGACACGAUUUCCACCUGGUUCCCGGUUCAAUACUCCGUCCUUCCCGCCCUUUUCAAAGAUAUCCAGGCUCCGCCCCCAUUGAGACCUCGUGACGUGGCAAUUGCGGCUCCGACGGGCAGUGGAAAGACGAUUUGUUAUGUUUUGCCGGUGCUGGCGGCCGUGGGAUCCAGGCCGUCGAAUAGCUUGCAUGCGGUGAUUUUGGUGCCAGUGCAGACGCUGGUGACACAGAUUGUGGAGGAAUUUAGACGCUGGAAUGGUCCCGAAGGCACUGCCAAGGUUGUCUCUCUCUCCGGAGCCAACGAUUUCGACAAAGAGCAACGUCAACUAUCCGCCGAUCCUCCAAACGUGAUCGUCGCCACGCCGGCGCGCCUUGUUCAACACCUAACCGCCCAAAUCCCGCCCCCAAUCGAUCUAUCGAAAUUGAGAUUUCUGAUCGUUGAUGAAGCGGAUCGAAUGGGCAAAUUGAUGCGAGAGGAAUGGCUGGAUUUGGUGGAAUUCUUGUGUGGAGGCAUGGAGAGAGUGGCUUGUCUGAAUGACGUCAUCAGACAGAGACGGGCUCCACAGAAGAUUGUUCUAUCGGCGACGUUGUCCAAGGAUGUCGAAGAGUUGCAUUUGUGGAAUCUGUUCAAGCCCAAAUUGUUCUCAGCAACGGCGACGAAGGCUAAAGAUAUCACCUCCACCGUCCCAAUGGAUCAUAUCUCUGGUCGUCUCGCCCUCCCAUCCUCCAUCUCCCACCGCCUAAUCGUCUCCGACUCUAAAUUCCACCCGCUAGCAGUUUAUCAACAAAUCCAACGAAACAAGUUCAACAGAACUCUAAUCUUCGUCAACGAAGUCUCCUCCUCAAAUCGGCUGGCUCAUGUGCUCAAAGAGCUCUCUCAGGGAGAGUUCGAAGUCGAUUACUUCACAGCGCAGCUCUUCGGAAAACGCCGAUAUAAGAUGUUGGAGAAAUUCAAUAAAAACCCGAAUCGAGUGCUCAUCUGCUCAGAUGUGCUGGCGAGAGGAACGGACUUGAAUCGGGUUGAUUGUGUUAUCAACUACAAUCUGCCCGCGGAUGAUAAGCUUUUUGUGCAUAGAGCCGGAAGAACGGGACGUGCUGGGCAGGAGGGAUAUGUGAUUAGUGUUGGUGAUAAGGAGACGAAGAGGUUGUUUGUGAAGAUGCUCAAAGUCACAAAUUUGUGGGGAGAUACGGUUGAGGAGCAAAUGGAUGAGUACCUGUUUGAGAAGGAUUUGGAGAGAUACACGAAAGCGAUUGAAUCCCUCAAAACCAUCGUCUCUACAAACACAAAAACCAAAAAUGGCUCAGCUGCCAAACGAUCCGGUUUCGAAGCGAAACGAAAAAGCAGACCGAAUGCGAGAGGAGAAAAGCCGUGGUUGAAGAAGAAGACGACGACGACGGAGUGA